AUGAAGACCAUAACCGAGACGUACGCCGACUACUUCCGGGACCUGCACGGCUGGCUGUCGGAGUACUUCUUCGCCAAGCUGGCAAGGGCCUGCUUCGAGAAAAGCGUCAAGCUCUUGAUCCAGUUCUUCACGAACGAGGCCAUGCCAGGGUCGAGCACAACGAUGAAGGAGUACCUCGCUCAGGCGGGGAUAAGAGAGGCCGGCGCGAUGGACGACGUGGCGCAGGCGGCGAGAGAUGCUGCAACCGUUUUGGAGGCGGACGAUGAUGGGAUGGACCGCCUUCAGGGCAGCUUGGUGCAGGCGGCGAUAAAACGCCUCGUGAGGGAGUUCAAGAGCAAGGGGACGGACGUGGUGAUGAUGGUGGUCGGGAUGCAGGGCCGCAGGGGCGUGGAGGAAAUGAGACAGAGGAGAGAGUUCGUGGAACGCCUGGCCAACACGUGCGGGAGAUUCACCGAGUCGGACGUCUCCACGAGAUUCGACAUCAAGAACCAAUCCGGGAGCGGCGUCAUGGGAGACCGGCUGGCAGACCGGUGGCGCCGAAUGCGCGAUACAGUGCGCGACGGAAUAGUUCCCGUCUGAUCUUCGUUGUUCCUAUCGUGGUAUCUUGCAAACCUAUGCGCGCGGGUGUGUGUGUACGUGUGUGUGUGGGUUCUUUGCGUGCUGCAGCAUCGAGUGCACAGACCGGCUGAUUAUCUAGAACUGUCAAGAAUAGAACUGUCUCGGUUAGACAAGAAUACGCUACAUAGCACCGUGCACACGCUACAGGUAUUUGGUGGUCCGAGGGGCUCCGCUGAUGAGACGGGGGGGGCGUGCGGAGACUGGAAGGGGGGGCUGCGCGUGUUU